GGAAACGAAGAGAUCCAACUUAAUUAUCUCUUCUCUUCAACUAGAGUCUGAAGAAGUUACAGCUUGGGAAAAUGGGUUUAUUUUUCGGGAUGUAUAUGAAGCAAUUUUUAUGGAUAAUGACACUGUAUAUUGCAAGAGGCCAAUCUACUCAAAGCACAGACGUCUCCUCCCUGCACAGAACACUUGCAGAAGAGAAAGUAGAUGAUUUUAUGAUGAAACUGCAUCUGAAUUUGGAAGAUAUUCGUAUUCAACGGAUAGGUUCAGUUUUUGAACGGAAUGGGAGAAUAUUUCUGUUGUCUCUUUCAUCAAAUGUUACAGAAUUAACAUUCAAUUCCUCUGAUUCUAUAACUGCUUGGUAUUCUGUGAAUGUUAAUGAAACGGAACUUAUUUUUGGUGGGACUACAGAUGGUAAAAUUACUAUUUUUUGGAAUUUUAAACUUGUUUUGCUCAACUCACCUUUGUCACGACAUAAGAUUAUUGAUUUACAGGCAUUUUGUAAUGAAUAUGGACUAUGGCUAGUUGCCAUGUAUCAACAAAGAAAAGAAAACUAUUUCAUUCAAGUUUAUGAUUAUAAUAAUUUAUCCAUAAACAAAAAAAUGCAGAUAAACUUAAAGGGACUCUCUUUUAUUUCUAUUGCAAAAGCUAAAAAGAGAAACUUUCUUUUAAUAGCAUCUAUGACCCCUUCUGAUAUUGUUUUACAAUUGUAUGAAUGGAUGAACACACAGUUUGAUUUACUUUCAACAACAGAACUGCAAGGCAAUGCAGUCAUUAAGUCAUCAGCAAUGUGGGAUAUUGAUGGUUUGAUUUAUGUUGCUAUCAGUCUUGGUAUCAGGAAUUAUGUAAGGAUUAUGAGAUGUAGUAAUUUUGAAACUGGGAAAUUGAUAUUGAUUCAACUUAUUGACAAUAGCCCUCAUAUAAUUAAAUAUUUUAAAGUUGCUGGAAAUCAUUAUAUGAUUCAUGGGCUAAACGAAACUGUUAUUAUUUAUUGGUGGAAUGGAGUAAAAUUUUUAAAGCAGCAAGAAUUUAAGACUUCCAGUUUAAAGGAUGUGGUAGAUAUUUCAGUAAUAGAAUUGUACUGGACUGUUCCAGUGAUAGCUAUUGCUACAGAUAAUUCUGUGGAAUAUUUUGUGCAGAAGUAUUCUUAUUUGUAUGAACAAAUAAGCUUUACUGAUUUUUCAAAUUUUGGUGAACUGAAAAGUAUUAUUUUAUGGAAAAAUGAAACAGAUUUAUACCUGCUGCCUGUGCUUAAAAACUUGCACCCGCCAGUUUUGGUUAAAUUGCAGUUAGAUUUACAGAACUUAGAAUCUGCGUUAACUGAAAAAGAACCAGAAUGUAUAAUUGGUAUUGAGACACUUUUAAAUAAAAAGACAAAGAUAAUUGAUGAUAUAUCUUCUAAGAUGGUCAAUGUUUGGCAGAAGAACAACUCAAUGGCUUUGCCUUCUGUGGUUAUUAAUGGAACUGUGACAAUUAAUGAAGCUGUUCCAGAGAAAAUUGGUAUUACAAAUGAAAAGACUGCUAUUGGAAUAACUCAGAAAAUCUUUAACCUUUACAGGGUUUUGCAAAAUCAAUCUACAAUUAUAUUUAACACUCUUAACAAGGCAGUUCUGAAGUCUGGAUAUCAACAAAUCAAAACAAACCUUCGUUUUGAAAAAGAGAUGAAAAUUAAUGGCACUAUUGCAGAGCUUACAAUAUCUUUGAUUAAUGGUAUCAACACUUCCGUACUUAAAUCAGCUCUUAAACUUGGGAAAGGACAGCAGACCUGUCUUUCUAAUAUGACUGUCACGUCUGUAAAUGCUAAAGAUAUUGAGGUGACUUUCUUAAAUUCCAAGUCUGUAAAUGAUUUUGUGAAUUUAAAGAAAAAUGUCCAAACUAUGAAGGGUAACUUAUCCUUUAUGGAUCUUAGAGCUGGAAGUUUAAGAAUACUGGAUGAUUAUACCUUGAAUGGAUUAGAACUUGGGCAUCUUGUUCUUGCUUCCAGUCCACAAGAAAUAAUUCAUAAAAAAUGUUUUGACAACCUAACAGCUAAAAAUAUAAACUCUGUUGGUGGGGCAAAAUUAAUUCAAGUUAUAAAAGAUGCAGUUUAUUUAAACACAGAGAUUUUAACAAUGCCUUUGACUUUCUUAUCAAACAUUACUGUCCUAGCUAAUAUAACUGCAAAAACUAUUAAUAAAAUGAAUAUUACUGACUUUGUGGAAAAGGGAAUUAAAAAAGUUGGUGAUGAGGAUAUAAAAGGUACAAAAAAUUUCUUCAAAUUAUUCAGCAUAAGGGAAAAUCUCACACUUGAUGGACUUGUAAACAAAAUCAAUGUGUCACAACUUAUGUUACUCAAGCUUUCACAGAUUCUGCUUGGAAAUAUGAAAUUCAACCAUAUUUUAUUUAAUAGUGUGGAAGUAAAUUUAUUGAAUAGAAUUGAGCUAAAACAUGAUGUUGUGAAGAGACUUGAAAAUAGCAGUGUUAAUGGUUCUGUCCAUUUCAUGGAAACUGUUUAUGUUUCACACAUUGCUAUGAAAGAUGAAGGAUUAAUUAAUAACAUAAGCCUAACAUCUAUAGCUUCUAAUAUUUUAACCAGUAAAGAUGCUGAGUUUAAAAAUGAUAUAACCAUUGGCAAUAUAAAUGUGACUCAUAAUGUAGGUAUUGAAAAUGAUAUGCAUAAUCUUAAAAAUUUGACAAGAAAUGUUUUGCAGAAGAAAUAUCAGAAUUUUUCAGAUGGUUAUUUUGAAACAUUUUCUGUAAAACAUCUAUUGGUGAAGUUUUUAAAUAAUAUUCCUCUGAAUGAAUUUUUAAGUAUGAAGUCAGUUAAUAUCCUUAAUGCCAGCAAGUCAUUUCAAGAUGUUCAUGCAGGAUCUAUUAAAUUAGCAAAGAAUAAAACUAUUAAUGGUUUUGAUCCAUCUUCAGAAGUGUUGCAUAAUAUUCUUCUGAAUGAUAUCAGCCUGCAGAAUAUGAGAGUAGGAGGUAAUUUAACUGUCUUCAAUAUAAUGAACAUUAAUAUAUCAGAUCUGAUGAAAGUUCAAGAAAUGUCAACAUGUUCUGGUAUAAAACACUUUAAAGAAGCAGAACUUCAUAGUUUAACUGCAAAUAAGCUCUCCUUUUCCCAGCUUAAUUCAAAAAAUUUUACUCAUUACUUGGAUAAUUCCAUCCUCUUAUCACCUAGAAAAUUUAUUUUGAAUAAAUGGUUUGAACACUUGGAAGGAGAUCAAAUUGAUGAUCAAGUUUUAGUUAAAAAUAUUAGAAUAUUGCAAGAAGCUGUUGUUACUUUGGAUACACAUCAAAUAAUUCAUGAGAAAAUGACAUUUACAAACCAUCUGAAAUUAAAGUCAUUGUUAGUUAUUGAUUUAAAUGGCAUUAAUUUGUCUGAUGUUGUUCUGAAAGAUGUUGCAGACAACAUACCAUCUGUUAAAGUAUUCAAAGGAUUUUUGUGGGCUGAUGACACACAAGUUGAUAAAGUGAACAACAUUGAUAUUGAAAAUCUGCAGCUGCAUGCUUUUAAAAAAAACCAGAAUAAUACUAUAUUUGAAACAUUCACUUUUGAAUCACUUUUAAAUGUGACAGCUAUUCAAAUAGGAAGAAACAUAUCUGUUGAUGGUGUGAAACUUGAAAGCCUUAUUUACUUGAAUGAAGAUGUAUCCUUAAGAAAUUUGAGGUUAACUAGGACAUAUGCAAAAAAUGUGAACAUAUCUGGCUAUAUUAAUGAAUGUGAUUUAUUACAGAUUCUUAAUAACUCUGUCUAUUUGAAGAAUAACCAGAUAUUCAUAACAAGUAAAAAAUCUUUAAAAAGUCUGACAAUAGAUGGUCAUUUACAUGUGAAAAAUGUGUUGAAUGGAAUAACAGAAGAUGAAUUUGUUAAAAUUUCUGGGAGUCUUAAUAGUCAAUAUGAUAUGAACAUUAAUUUUGUAAACAUUAAUGCUGAAAAAUUGUUCCUGCUGCAUAGGAUUAAUGGUGUUGAAAUUGGAUUUUUGUUAGAAGAUGCUGUUUUGAAAGAUAUUUUCCAGAAUAUAACAGGACUGAAAAUAUUUCACAAACUUCAUUCAAAUACAUUAUCCAUCAGAAAUUUGAAAGUUAGUAGUACACUUUGUGAAAUAAAGGUUCAUCCAUUCUUUAAAACAUCUGUAAUGAAAACAAGCAAGCAGAAAUUCUUUUUAUCAAGAAUGCCAAAAAUUGUUGCCAGAAAUGUUACAGUUAAAGGGCUUCUGAAUUCAGUGCAGUUACUCAAUGAUGUGGUGUUGACAUAUACUGAUGAUUCUGUGUUGUCUCCUGUUUAUUUUAAUAUAUCAAAUAUGUCUUCUCUUACUGUUUUGGGUGAUAUAAAUGGCAUUUCCCUUAUAAAUUUUCUAGCACAAAGAGUUUCAUUAAGUCUUACUGAGGAAUUGUUUUCAACUGUUAUUUUUGAACAAAGCUUAAUAGUAGAAGGUCAAACACAUAUAAAGGGAAAUUUAAAUUCUGUAAAUUUUACUGAAAUUGCUUAUGGAAAGUCUAGUAUCAAUGGUUCAAAAAUAUUUCGAAAUGAAUUAUUUCUGGAUUCAAACUUAAAUGUAAUCAUUGCUAUCAAUGAAACAAAUCUGGAACUUCUUGUUGCAAAUUUGUUAAAAAUCUGUUCUGAAGAAAGAAUAAAUGAUUCAGUUGAAUUUCACAGCCUAAAUGUUUCUGAUUUGGUCUUUCAAAUAAUAAAUGAAGUUCCAAUAAAAUUUUCAUGGAACUAUAUUCUUGAUCUUGAAAAAAAUAUUCCUGCUGUUCUAGAUGAUUUAAUUUUUGAACUUGAUUCUAACCAGCAAAGCUUACAGCAUUUGGAUGGAGAAAUUGGAAAUAUAUCACCAAUUUUUGUCUUUUUUGAACUUCAUCAACUGUUACAUCUUGGACAAACAGAAAGGUUCUUAUCAGUAUUUACACCUGGAAGAAUUGGGAAUGCCUAUGAACAGUUUACAGUGCAAAUAAUAAUUUGGGUACAAAAGAAUAAAAACUGCAGUGCCAUAAGAUCCCUUAUUAUGGAUAUUCAUGAGAAUGGUACUUUAUAUGAAACUAAAAGAAUAAAUGAAAGAGUUUAUCCUUUUUCUUUACAAAUGUUGAAUGAGAAAGCAAUUGGAUUUAGUCUGCAUGUUGAUAGAACUCAUCGAUGUGUGAAAAAGAAAUUAAACUCAACUAUAAUAAAAACAUUAUUUUUAAACGGAGAAAUAAAUUUUAACAAGCUGUUGUCUCCUAUAAAUGCAACAGUUUUAGAUGCUAAAUUAUUAGAAAGUAUCGAUGAAAUACUUAUCCUAAUUGCUUUUAACUUUGAAGGCAAUGAAGAAAAAAUUUAUUUGUAUCGGUAUGAAUCUGGGAGUGAUAGCUGGUCAUUUCACCAGAAAUUCUUCUCUCAUAAUCCCACAGCCCUUGAUGUUACCUUUUUAAAGGAUCAAAAUACGCCCAGUAUAUAUUUAGCCAUCACUGUUAAUGAUGAUGUGUCAGGAUUAUAUAUUUAUGAAUUUGACUUUGACAAGAGUAUUUUCAGCUUGAAAAUCAACUCUUCAAAUGCAGUUUCAUCUUCAGUACUAUGGGUUGAUAAUGAAUUAGAUGUUUUCCUCCUACUUGCAAAAGAAAAGACAAAAAUUUUGAAGAACUCAAAAUGGGUUGAUGUCUAUACACAACCACUGGAAGGUAUACGUUCUUUACGAUGAACUGAUUUUAUAUCAAACAGUUGAAGUCCAAGGCAUCAGUUUUCUUGACAGAUUCAAUUUGGAUGGAGAGAUGUAUGUUUUGGCUUGUAGUAAACACUUUCAGACUAUUUACAUUCUGCAAUAUCGAGGCUAUAUUGGCUUUCAGGUCAUUCAGAAAAUUCCAGCACCAGGAAUUAAUACAGCAAUGGUGUUUACAUCAUCAAAUAAUGAUCUUUUUAUUGCACUAAGUUCUAUUACAGGCCACACAAGGAUACUGAAAGCUAUCAUUGGAAAUAAAAUAUUUUGAUAUUUAUUGCUCAUAUCUGACUCUCUCAUUAUCUUAUUAUAAAACAAGCAUGAUAAAUUUGUGCAUAUUUGUUUAAGCUUUUUAAUUUUGUUAAUAAAAAAAUUCCAUUACAAAAUAUUAUUUUUCAUUCAUAUAAUUUCAAUAUUAAAAACAUUAUUUAAGAAGCACUGAAAUUUUGACUGAUAAGCCAUUUCAAAACAAUUUUAGAUAAUUUAAGGGUGGCAUUUAAAAAUAAGUAAUUAUG